AUGGUUCUAACAGAAACACUUUUGACCAGUCCGUCUUUCCCGAUAACGGCUUGCAUUGCGACUUUCGUUGGGCCACCCGUUGAGGAUGAAACUCGAAUCCUACCCGUUAACGAAGCAGAGCCGUUUCUGCCGAUCCGCGCGCGACGUGUCCUACCUCUCACCGCCGCUACGGUUCGCUGUUUGCCACCGCCUCCAACAAGUCCAGUCGAUAGAUAUUUACUCGACCCUUCGUCGCCAAAACUCGAACCGACACUCGUCCCACCUCCGUUAUCACCCGGCACUGCAGCUGUUUCGGUCAGUGAUGCACCUUCCGGCUGGUCACAAGUUUCUCCAUACUAUAAUACUGAGGCGGAUAGCAGUCCCGGCUCCCGAUUCUCGUGGACUCGUCGCAUUCCUCGACGAGGCGAACCUGAAGGACCUCCGCCUUCAGAUCCAAGUUCUGGUGCGCCGAACGAGUCCGCAGCUGAACUUGUUGCUGCACUGCAAGGGACGGUCCAGAGUGUUGGAAAAGGAGUUAACGACAACCCUGCUGUUGCUAUUGCUCACCCUUCUGCCCCGUCGUACCCGGCUACAUUCACGACGCAAGACAUCCCUCAAAAUGAUGGUGCCGAGGAUGGAGACAAGGAUGUGUUCUUCGACGCCCAUAACUCGGCAGAAGGCCUUGAUAGAGCGCAAUUGCAUUCUUUAAUUGUCGAUGCUUUCUCUAGUUUCACUACAACAGCCGAUGCCCUAGGGCCUGGGUUGCCAUUGCAACUUAUUUCCGAUGCAAAAGAAGAUGCCUUUCAUGAUGUCAAGAGAGACGAUAGUCCUUUACACGAGACCUCUGCUCCUGUGCACAGCUCCGUGCCCCAAGGGACUGGAGCAACAAGAAAUAGCUGCACCUUGCCCGAGGCCUCUGCACCUGCAGAACGGUUGCUGCCUUCGGAAACCGAGGACGAAUGUCCAACGCCAUCACAAACGAGUUUCGACUCUGCCACUAGUGUGCCCCGACCGGAUAAACGCGGGGUCUCGCUUUCUCGUUCGAGAUCGUAUGUUGUUGUUACAAACAGCCUCUCCGCGGCGCGGCAGGUCGACACCCUUGCCAAAGAAGGGAUCGUUGUCGAUGACGUUUUCCGACAACACACCGAGAUGUACGAUUUGAAUAAAGUCCGACGACUUUUCGGAGAAGGAAGCGAUUGCAAGCAACCUUCGCGCGAGCGUCGGUACCUUGUUCUUUGGGUUUUUGGGGACGCGGAUACGAAGGAUUUCCCUUUAAAAGCCGCGAGAGCGCUCCGAGAAUUUGACCACGACCUUUUCAUUGUGGCAAAGGGUGCUCAACCGACGCUCGACAGGUGGUUCGAAACAACCGAUCGUGUUUUGCCUGUCACCGUGAUCCCUACGCCUGAAGAUACUCGCAGCGAUUCAAAGGGACGUCGAAUUUGGGCUACUGCCCUUGCUUCCUCCGGACCUACGGAGCUCUAUUGGACAGAAGCAACAGGAAUCCGUCUUCCGAUAUCGGCUCUUGCCACCGUGCAACGGAACGCUCUUGCGGUCGGGAUACCGAAGAACGGCGUUACCGUCCUAGGGGGAACUCUUAAUCGACCGUAUGGCACUUCCGAUUACUCGGUGAGAGUUUUGCCGCAAGAAGGGACUUUGAUCCUUAAAGUCGAAGGAGGCAUCUCGGAAACCGACCUACGCUUCGCGUUUCCUGGCCUUGACCCUUCGGUUUGGACCUGCAUCACGGCGGCGCCGCACUAUAGCACAGCCUCCCCUCAUGAAGAUUCGCGUGCUGCAUAUCGAGAACACCUCCUCCGGUGUAUGCACUACAAGUCGUCGUCCAUUCAAAACGAAAUCAGACAAUUGCACCGACGAGUUCGCGAAAAAGAACGGGUUGCCGUGUCAGAUGCGAACUGCAGUCUGCAUGCCUUUUGGACGUUCCUUUGCCUGCUCUGGCACCUUGUAGGCGGUCUUUUGUUUGCAACUGCCCGUUGCGAUUACUUAGAGAUGCUCUCCUCUGUCAUUUCGUUUUGCGCUGCAACAUCAGUCGUUGCCAAAGAUUUGCACUGA